AUGGACGGGAUGAAAAAAGACUUCGAAAGCGCACAGAAGGAAAUCAAAGAAUUGAAAAAAGAGAAUGUACAGCUAAAGAAAGCCCAAGAAAAAACUGAAGCUAAAAUGAAAAAUUUGGAGGAAAAGAAUGACAAAAUGGAGAAACAACAGGAGUUGAUGUUGAAUGAUAAAUUGGCCAAACAAACAACGCAACUAUGAAAAGACGUUCCAAAGGAAGAACACACCCUUACAAAAUCAGCAUAUAAAAGCUUGAGACUACCCCUACUUUUCAAGAUCUCCUUGGGUAACGCUCCUGCUUUUUCUUGCACUCACAAUUUUUUCUUGCACUUUAAAAUCAUGUCUUAUUUUGGCCGUGGGUCUACUAGGCAGGUUUUCUCCUCUCACAGUGGUGGAACAUCUUCAAAGCUUUCUAGUUGUGGAGCAUAUGGCUUGGGUGGUGGGUCCACUGCAGGAAGUUUUUGUAGCUGGGGUGCUGGAUCAGGAUGGGGUGGCAUUGGAGUUGGCACUGGGGGUAGCUUUCAUAUUUACAAUUCUUCUGGUUCUCUUGGCAUUGAUGGGGGACUUCUCUCUGGUGGGGAAAAAGAAACCAUGCAAAAUCUGAAUGACCGUUUGGCUUCCUAUCUGGCUAAAGUACAUGCUCUGGAGGAAGCAAACAGUGAACUUGAACUAAAAAUCAAGAACUGGUAUGAGAAAACUGCAGUUCAGACUGAUGGAAGAUUCCGCGACUAUAGCAAAUAUUACGCUUCCAUUGAUGAACUUCGAAACAAGAUCAUUUCAGCAAGUGUGAGCAAUGCCAACAUUAUCCUCCAAAUAGAUAAUGCCAGACUGGCUGCAGAUGACUUCAGAAUGAAAUACGAAAAUGAGGUAUUCUUUCGCCAGAGUAUUGAGGCAGACAUCAAUGGUCUUCACAAAGUCUUGGAUGAAGUGAUUCUAUCCAAGAGUGAUCUAGAAAUUCAGAUUGAAAGUCUGAUUGAAGAGCUGGCUUUUCUCAAGAAGAACCAUGAUGAGGAAAUAAGAGGUCUACGAGGAACAACUUCAAGGGAUGUCAAUGUAGAAAUGAAUGCCGUCCCAGGACCUGACCUGACCAUACUUCUAAAUAAAAUGAGAGAAGAGUAUGAGGCUCUGUCAGAGCAAAAUCGUCAAGAUGCUGAAACCUGGUUCAUUGAAAAGAGUAACGAAUUAAAUACAACAAUCAGUAUGAGUGCCAAGGAGACCAGCACCAACAAGAAUGAGAUUGCAGAGUUAAGACGUACCCUUCAGGGUCUGGAGAUAGACAUGAAAACUCAGCUUGCUUUGAGACAAUCUUUUGAAACCACACUGGCUGAGACUGAAGGCCGUUACUGUUCCCAGCUCUUGCAAAUGCAAGAGCUCAUUACCAAUAUGGAGGCCCAAGUACAACAGGUGAGAGAUGACAUGGAGUCCCAGAACGCAGACUAUAGAGCACUCUUGGAUGUCAAGAUCCACCUUGAGUAUGAGAUCGAGACCUAUCGGCAUCUGAUUGAUGGAGAAAGAAGCGAAUUUGUCAACAGAGACACAAAAACAUUGGGAUCUGGAACAGGAUUGGGAUUAAGAGGUACAGAAUCUGACACAAGAGGCCUUGGAUCAGAAAGAGACUCCACUUCUAGUGGAACUGCAGCUAUAGACACCAAUUCCACAUCCAAAGAAAAAGAUAAAGAAACAAAGAGAACUAGAGUGAUUAAAACAAUCAUUGAGGAAUUAGAUGAACAUGGGCGAGUAACAUCCUCCAAGGUGCAGUCUGUCGAAAAAAAGACAGUGAUAUAAGCAUCAAAAUGCUAUUGAGAAGGACUUUUCAGAUUCUAAUAAUGCCACGGCACCAUAAGAAAGCAUGCAUUUUAUUUUCAUUAAUGGUUCUACAUACUGAGGAAUCUUUCAUUUCCUUAAUAAGAAGUGUAUGUCUAGACAUCCUGGCUGUUCUCCUUAGAAUUUGCUUAGAUUAAAAAUAUGCUCCAUCACUUGUUAAUGUAUUUUCUUCUUCCUGGAAUUACUUAAAACUACCUUAAUUGGUUUCAGA